ACAUACACAUCUCAAAACAUUUAUUGGAUGUCGAAGGUGGAUCCAACUUGGAAUAGAUAAUUGGAUAAACACACUGCCCAAAUUGUAGAUGAUUCAUUCGGUGCAAAACAACGUAACAAAUCACAAGGUCCCCAAAAUAUCUUCAAUAAUUUAUACCCAAAUCCUAAAAUUCCUAGUAUAUUUGGAUCCAUCAUUCCACUUCCACUUUUAGCUGGCUUAUUUCAAGCUCAAAAUUAUAACUAAACUUCCAUAAUCUUCCCUCUUCAUUUCUCACAUUAAAAAAAAAAUAAAAAAUGGGGUGUUUAAGUGGUGGUGUAUUGGUGGUUUUAAUGGUGGUGGGAGUGGUGGCAGGACAGUCGGUGAGAGAUAAGCCGCCGUGUAAAUUCCCAGCAAUGUAUAAUUUCGGGGAUUCGAACUCGGACACCGGUGGCAUUUCAGCGGCUUUUCAGCCUAUUGAGUGGCCUUACGGCCAGACCUUCUUUAAGAAGCCGGUGGGUCGUGAUUCCGACGGCCGUGUUCUCGUCGAUUUUAUUGCGGAGCAAUUAGGACUUCCGUACUUGAGUGCAUACUUGAACUCGAUUGGAGCCAAUUUUAGCCACGGUGCUAAUUUCGCUACCGGUGGAUCUACUAUCCGUAGGCAGAAUGAGACAAUAUUUCAAUAUGGGAUUAGCCCUUUCUCACUUGAUGUCCAAAUUUGGCAUCAUGAUCAGUUCAAGUCUAGAACCAAGGAUCUUUACGACCAAGUUAAGAGUCCCUUUGAGAAAAGUGUGCUUCCUAGACAAGAGGACUUCGCGAAGGCUCUUUACACAUUCGACAUUGGCCAGAAUGACCUCUCUGUUGCCUUCCGUACAAUGAACAAUGAACAAAUUCGUGCAGCCAUCCCUAACAUCAUUUCCCAAUUUUCUUCUGCAGUUCAACAUUUAUAUGAACAAGGAGGGAGGUCAUUCUGGAUACAUAAUACCGGUCCAAUUGGUUGCUUGCCUGUAAACCGAUUCUACAUUAUAGAUCCUAAGCCCGGAUUAGUUGAUGAAUUUGGCUGCAUAAAAGGGCAGAAUGAUAUGGCUAUUGAAUUCAAUAAGCAGCUCAAGGAUGCUGUUACAAAACUCAGGGCACAACUUACUGAAGCCGCGAUCACAUAUGUGGAUCUUCACUCUGCCAAGUAUGGACUAGUUAGCAAAACAAAAAGUCUAGGAUGGGCAGACCCAAUGAAUGUAUGCUGUGGGUACCAUGAGAAGUAUGAUCAUGUAUGGUGUGGGCAAAAGGGUGCAAUAUCGAAUAGCACGACAGUGUAUGGAGCAGUCUGCAAGAACCCAGCGUUACAUGUGAGUUGGGAUGGUGUGCACCACACUGAAGGUGCAAAUCACUGGUUUGCUAACCUCAUAUUUAAUGGCUCACUUAACGAUCCCCCAAUCCCCAUCACCCAUGCUUGUUAUAGGAAUUAAGGUUUUCAAUCUCCCCUUGAAUCGAAAUUGAUUAUGUUUUUCAUGUCGGAGAUUAAUACGUACUUGUUAGAUGAAUAAUUUAUACUAGGAAAGGCGCAGGAUUUAGAGGAUCAGCCUUGCAACUGUACUUUUGUAUGACUCAUUUGGGACAGGUCUCAAGUCCAUUAUGCUGUUACAAAAAAUUGUUGUUACGUUGGUAGGUCAAGUAAUGUGACAUUAAAUUGAGAUAAUAACAGCUUGCUUUUCUCCGCCUCUUA